CAAUCAUAAUGCAUUGUGCAACUAGGAGUAGGAGGAUGGGCAGCCAAUGCCAAUGGUGGCACAUAGGAACAUGGCAUCGCCCCAUUGAAUCAUGCAAUUGAGGGAGUCGCAGCUUGGUGCUGAAGCAAAAACCGUCAAAAUUAUGCUCGUUGAAGGCUGACACUCCACGCCGGCGCACCAUGUCGCGUUUGAUUGGUGACCUGACAGGGAACAUCUUUGAGGAGGCGGACUCGGGUUUUGGCCUGGUGAGCCAGCCGAAGUCAUACAAACGGCCUCUCCUGUCUGCUGAAGCGCAGCCGCGGGGGGCCAGUGGCUUUGUGGGCCUGCAGAACCAGGGCAUGACGUGCUACCUCAACAGCCUGCUGCAGACCAUGUUCCUGACGCCCGAGCUGCGCGCCGGCCUGUACCAGGUGCCACUGCAAGAGCUGGGCUUGAACGCGGACGAGAUGCAAUCGGAGGCAGCAGCAGGGGAACCACUGGGGGCCACCCCCAAGGAACACGAGGAGGCAAAGCAAGGCCAGAUAGAUGCGGGAGCAGCUGCGAUGGAGUCGCUGAUGGGCAUGGGUUUCCCAGUUGAUGAAGUGGAACGUGCGCUGAAGAAGUUUCACAAUGACGUGCAGCGAGCAGCGGAUUGGCUGCUUGCCCGGGCAUGCUCAGGAGACAAGGCGGAGCUGCCAGACGAGGAUACAGACACGUACGAGGACCUGCCGCCCUUGGAAGCGCCGGGGGCUGACGACAGCAGUCCACUGAUGGGGUCAGAGGGGUUGAUAGUCAGCAUGGAGAUGGACAAAGAACCAGUGGAGGGCCCUUUGACAGCAGUGGCGCAGGAUGCGGUGGACGCUUUCAACAAGCGCUUGUAUGACAUGGAUGAAAGUGGUAUGGAGGCAGAAGGGCUGUCGUCAUCUCAGAAGAGCGUGAAUGGGGCCAACGGCAGUCAGGAGCAUGGCAGAGGAACCCAGGGUGGGAAGCACAGAGAGACAGAGGACGCUGAAGGGGAGGAGGGGGAGGAGGCAGCGGCAGCCAUUGGUGGUGACAACACCGCAAAUACACCCGCGAUUGCUGUUCCGCCAAAGCCAAAACGAAGAAGACGGGGCCUCAUUAUUGAGUUGCAGAAGGCGUUCGCAUGGUUGCAGGCCGUUGACCAGAAGGCCAUCUCUACGGAGGACCUGACGCGGGUGUUUGGGUGGGACGGCAGCGAGGCGCGCGUGCAGCACGACGUGCACGAGCUGAACCGCAUCCUGUUUGAGAGCGUCGAGUUCUACCUCAAGGGCACCCAGCAGGAGAGCCUCGUCAAGGACCUGUACCAUGGCACACUCGUCAACCAGGUGGAGUGUUUGCGGUGCGGUGCUGUGAGUGAGCGCCACGAGGAGUUCAGCGACAUCCCGGUGGUGGUCAAGGGCUUCUCCAGCCUGGAGGAGAGCCUGGCUGCCGCCGCCAAGGCCGAGAUGCUGGACGGGGACAACCAGUACUUUUGCGAGCGCUGCCAAGCCAAGGUAGAUGCGCAGCGGUCCCAACGCUUCCGGUCGCUGCCGCCCCUGCUCACGCUGCCGCUGUGUCGCUUUGAGUAUGACUGGGACCGCGACGAGCGACGCAAGAUCACGACCCCCUUCUCCUUCCCCCUCACCCUCAACCUGGCCCCCUACAUGGCACCCCCCUCCUCGGACGGCCAGCCCGCCAACCACGACGCGGCAGCUAACGGGAGCGCAGGGGCGCCGGGCGGCCCUGGUGGCGCGGCGCUGUUUGACCUGCUGUCGGUCGUGAUCCACAGCGGGAGCGCACACAGCGGGCACUACCACGCCUACAUCCGCGACAUGCUCAACGAGGGCAAAGGACGCCCCGAGGGUCCGACAGCGGGCCAAGACAUUUCGUGCGGCUUUGACGUGGCGGCGGGGCUGGAGGGGCAGGUGCGAGGGGGCAUGCUGUAUGAGGGCGCCGGCUUCAACGAAGGGCUGGAGCAGGCAGGGUCCGCCAUGCAUGCACUAGUGGAGGCAGCGGUGCAGGAGAGCGGGCGGGAUGCUGCGGCAGGCACCCCGCACCAGGACGGCCAGGGGGUGACGGACCAGCCAGGGGAACCGAGCGCGGGCAGCAGUCCGGCCGACGCGGCGGAGGGCAUGGAUGAGCCAGACUACGGAAACUGGUACGACUUCAAUGACAGCAACGUGAGUGUGGUGCACUGGUCCGCCAUCACGAGCCAGUUUGGCGGCGGCAACGAGUGCGCCUACAUGCUCACCUACCGCGCGCGCCUGCCCCCUGGCCAGCUCCUUGCACCCCCUGCCCUGGCAGCAAUCGCACACGAGGCACACGAAUGCGGAGAAGCAGGGCCCCUGGCGGCCAACGGCACUUCUCAUGCUGGGGGCGUUGUGGCGACUGUUGGGGGACCUUCUGGAGAGGCCAGCUUACCGGAUGUGGCCCACAGAGCCCUGGCUGUUCCUGGCCACCUGGCGCCUCUGGUGCACAAGAAGAAUGAGCAGCUCCGCGAGGAGAGGAGGAUCGCGGAAGAGACGGCCGCCAAAGAGGCUGCAGAAGCGGAGGCCGCUCGGGCGGCCAACCAGGUGCGCUUGUUUGUGCAUGUGCCGGAUGACGGGUAUGUGCGCAGCGGGUACCUGUACAGCCGGCACGAGGACCUGUCGGACGUGGGCCGCUUUCUGGUGCUGGAGCGCAGCAGCACCGUGGGCCAGCUCAGCGUCAUGGUGCGCAACUGGUGCUCCCUGCCCGCACCCGAACUGGCGCUCUACAUCGUGUCGCCCAAGAUCGAUACGCAGGAGUUCGACGAGCCGGCCGACGAGCAGGUGCCGGCAGCGGCGGGGUUCGGGGGCCUGGUGGACUGGCGGGAGGAGAGGGGCGGGCCCGGGAAGGAGGCGGAGUCGGUGACGGAGGACAUUGUGUUGGACGAGGACGGGGAGGGCGUGGACAAGCAGGCCAACGGCGCCGCGGACGGGGGGACGCUGGAAGAGGACAUGGGAGUGGAUGGUGCAACCCCGGAGGUGAGCAUCGUAGCCAAGGGGGAGAGUGAGCCCCUGGCAGGCACGCCCAUACGAGAUGGUGAGGGGCUCAACGGUCGCGGGCUGGAGGGGGCGCAGGGGGCGUACCCGCCACAGCGCAGGCUGACUGACGUGUUUGAGGGAGUGGCGCAGAAUGGGGACGAGCGAGCGGGGGCGAGAGACGGCGCGAGGGGCGUGGACCGGGUGGGCACGUCCAGCAGCGGGUCGAGCGCGGACAGCCGCUCCCGGGGCGUCAAGCGCGCCGCGGAAGGGGGCGAGCUGCAGAGCCGGGGCAAGUUCCAGCCGGAGAUCAUCCGCGGGCCGCAGCUGCUGGAGUUUCGUGAGCCGACGGAGCCCCAGACCAGCUCCGAGAGCGAGAGGCGGUCCGCGGGGGCCGGGGAGGGGCCCGCCGCAGCCGAGGGCAGCGGGGUCAGCCUGUCGGGCAGCGGAGGAGCAGGCCUGGCAGAGGGGCUGAGCGGAGUGAACCUGGCCAGGCAGGCGGACGGGGACGGAGGCAGCAUGCAGGAGGCACCCUGCUUGUUGGUGGAGCAGCCACGCACGAAGAAGGUGCGGCGCACGAUCUACGAGAUCCAGGGGAGGCUUACCAUGCGAGACUCUGCACAGAAGCUGGGGGAGCAGAUCCAGAACGGCGGGGGCGUGCUGGCCUGGAGUAAUGUGAACCUGCCCCCUCAUGGCCUAGACUUUCUGGAGGCCGAAGACACGACUCCCAUGGAGGACGGUGGCGGUGUGGGCCAGGGGUGGACCUCCUCCGUGGACAACGGGUGGGACGUGCAGCCCUCCGGGUGGGGCAGCCCGCCGCGCAGCACGCCGCUCUUCACCGUCAAGGUCUACAUCCAUCUGGACCCCGAUGCAAGCGUGUGCCUGGAGUCGUUCCCGGUGGAGGCGAACACCAGUGUGUGGAUGCUCAAGAGCGAGGCGCUGAAGCGGUACCGCGCGCAUGCACACGAGGCGCUCGGCGAGGACGACGUCGUGCUCUGCUGCCAGGCCGCCGCAGGGGGCCCCGGGGAGACCUUCGACGACAGUGCACUGGUGGUGCAGGCCGGCAUCACCGACCAGCAGGAGGUGUGGGUGCAGCGGCGCUCUGCGGCCCCCUCGUCGUCGUCGGUGCUGCGGCUGAGCAUGACCGUGUACGGCAAGGACGGCAUGGCGGCUGCGCAGCUGCCCAUCGAGAUGCCGCGCGCUGCGCUGCUCGUGGAGCUGGUGGUGAACGCUAGCGAGAGGGGGGCCGCCGCCAUCCGCGACCACGCCGCAGCCAUCGGGGCGGAGGCCCCGCAGGAGCCGCAGCUGGUGGUGUGGCGGGACCAGGCGUUCGGGGGCAAGAAGGCGCUCAACGUGGACCAGGACGCGCUGCGCACGCUGGAGGCCCUCGGCUUCGAGGAUGGUGACCAGCUGCUGGUGGAAGAUCAGGACGCAGUGUCCCCCGAAACAGUGACGGUGCGCGUGCAGCGGUACGUGCUGCCGCACGAUCGUGACGCCGACGAGCCGUGCGCCAAGUUCCUGGCAGCCACCAUGGCCGCCACCAGCAACCUGCACGGGCCACCCGAGGCACCGCCCGCGGCCGGGGACGCUGCGCACGACCAGCAGGCGAUUGCUGCUCAGGCUAACAGCCUGGCCGCAAUUUUCACUGCUGAGCUGGCGAAACGGAAGUCUGCCGGGGCAAAAGCAGCCCGCGCGCGGGCGGGCGUGCCCCCNCCGCGCCUCGGGGCGGGGCUGGGCCGAGGCCUCGGGGCGGGGCUGAGCCGCUCUCGGGCCCGGCUCAAGGAGCUGGCACCCGGGGUCCACGCGGCUGCGCCCCCGGGCAGGACUGCACCGCAGGCUGGCGGCGAGCAGGACGGGGGAGGCCGAGGGCCGGCCCCGCUGCAGAGCCCCUACUCGGCCGUGGCCUCGACAGACGUGGACGGCUCGCCCCCGUCGCGGUUGCCCAAGCGGUUGCAGCGGACGGGGUCGUCUACGGCGGAGCGGGAGCAGGACGCAGCGGCCCUGCGAGCCGACGCCGGGGGUGCCGCGGCCAGGAGCGCGGUGUCGUCUCCGAUGCGCUUCCAGCAGGCGGGGGUGCCGGAGUGGUGCUUCUGGCCCGUGGACGAGGUGGUGCUGCCCAAGAGUGCCACGCUGGCCGACCUCAAGCGCAGGAUCCUGGCCCUGCCGGCCUUCAAGCGCGCCAGGGGGGCGGGGGCGCUGCCGGCCCUGACCGGGCUGCGCGUGCGCGAGGUGCGCGGGGCGCCCGAGGCGCCGCAGUUGGGCAGAGAGUACCGCGACCUGGACACCGACCUCGCGCAGAUGGGCGUCGCGGAGGGGCAGCACCUCGCAGCGCGGAUCCUGCCUCCCAACGAGGAGGCCCCGCUGUCGGACUGCGACAGCCUGCCGGAGCUUGUGGACUACACAGAGGACGACGGCAGCGGAGGAAGCGGCGCCGCCACUCACGCACACCAGGCCCCCGAAACGGCAAUGGCCGAGGCGUCGGCCGACCUCGACCUCGGAGAGGCGGCUGCUGGCUUUGGAGCGGGGGGUGCGGGGCUGGAGCUGCCCACGUCGAGCGGGUCGGGUACGAGCGGGGGGGCACGCGGGCGGGCCGGGCCGCGGCUGGAGCGGGGCAGCACGAGCAUGGAGGUGGCGCGCCAGUUUGUGUUCACGUCCCCGGAGGAGGUUGCGCUGGACACGGGGCGGGCCGUGCUGACAGCGGCGGAGCUGAAGGCCGUGCUGGCGGCGCAUUUCGGCAUUUCGGCGGGGGCGCUGCGGGUCAUCAAGGUGGACGCCGCCAAGCUCAAGGUGCUGCCCGAGGACGACACCCCAGGGACCAAGGCCGGUCAGGGUGCGCAUGACCGCCUCAAUGGCGACGCCGCCCCAUCUCUGGACGGAGGCCCGGGGCUGGGCAAGACGGGCAAGGGGAAAGGCGCGACGGGCAAGCCGGGCUUCCGGCCGAGCAAUGCGAGCCUGGGUGCAUCGGUGAACCUCAAGGGACGGCCUUUUCAACUGAGAGACGGAGACACGAUUGUGGUAAUGGACGCGGCAGAGGACCCGGAGCAGGAGGACCCCUGGUGUGCGGACUCGCUAGGGCCCGGCGUGGGGAGCCGGGUCAAGCUGGGGCCGGCACCGCUGAACACGACGUGGGAAGGCAGCGGCUAUCACAAGGGGCCGUCCAUCGGGCCUACCGAAAAGAAACAGCGAAGACCAGAAGCAACCCUUCGGAUUCGCAUGGACGAGUACGACUGAACGAGUACGAGUCUGGUCGAGGUUCUCGGCACGUCGAAUUGACAGAGUUCUUGUGAAUUCCUUAUGUCGAUGGUACCACCCUCACCUUACAAAUCUGCCACCGUGACGAAACUGCUUAUGC